CUGAGGUCGAACGGUGGUUCCAGGUGAGCCCCUAAACUCCCAUAACUGAGUUGCAGUAUUGAGCAAUGUCGAUCAUGAAGAGCCCACGUUUCGCGAGAGUGAAGCGGCCAUAUACCGCUGCUCAGGUCGUCGCGAAACGGGGUAGCAUCCCAAUCAAGUAUCCUUCCGAGAUUCAAGGAAAGAAGCUCUUCGCCCUGCUCUCCGAGCACGCCAAGAAUGGUACACCUUCACACACAUACGGAGCCCUAGACCCCGUACAGGUUACCCAGAUGGCCAAGUAUCUCGAGACAGUUUAUGUUUCUGGUUGGCAAUCCUCCAGCACGGCUUCGUCUACCAAUGAACCUGGCCCCGAUCUUGCAGAUUACCCCUCGAAUACGGUUCCUAACAAGGUUGAGCACCUAUUCAUGGCACAGCUCUUCCAUGACCGUAAGCAACACGAGGCUCGCUCGAAUAUGUCUGAGGCAGAGCUUGCGGCGACACCAUCCAUCGACUAUCUUCGUCCAAUCGUUGCCGAUGCUGAUACCGGACAUGGUGGACUCACUGCAAUUAUGAAGCUUACCAAGAUGUUCGUCGAAAAAGGCGCGGCUGGUGUUCAUGUCGAGGACCAAGCACCUGGGACAAAGAAGUGCGGCCACAUGGCGGGCAAGGUUCUCGUGCCGAUAUCUGAGCACAUCAACCGCCUUGUUGCCAUCCGACUUCAAUAUGACAUCAUGGGUGUAGAGAACUUGGUCAUUGCACGGACUGAUUCGGAAGCCGCUACCCUGAUUACCUCAAACAUUGAUGAGCGCGACCACCCCUUUAUUUUCGGCUCCACAAACCCGGAUCUCCCCCCUCUUGUGAAUGUUAUGACAGACGCCGAGAAUGCCGGAAAGUCUGGUGAUGAAUUGCAAGCGGUUGAGGACGCUUGGACUACGUCUGCAAACUUGCAGUUGUUCCCCGAGACCUUGGCUAAUGCCUUGACUGCACAAGGUGUAUCAAAGGCUACCGUUGAUCGAUUCAUCUCCCGUGUUGCGCACUCGUCAUUCCCUCAAGCAGUAGCCAUCGCACAGAGAGAAUUUGGUCUCAAGUCUGUACCCUACUGGAACUGGGAUACACCUCGGACCCGGGAAGGGUUCUAUCGCUACCAAGGUGGCACCCAGUGUGCGAUUAAACGGUCUAUUGAGUAUGCACCAUACGCCGAUGCCCUUUGGAUGGAAACAAAGAAACCGAUCUUGGCUCAAGCCCAAGAGUUCGCUCGUGGGGUCCAUGCUGCACGCCCAGGUCACUGGUUGGCGUACAACCUCAGCCCUUCCUUCAACUGGGAGGCUGCUGGCUUGAAUAGUCAGGAUAUGAAAGGUUUCGUCUGGGAGCUAGGUAAACUCGGUUUCGUCUGGCAAUUUAUUACGCUCGGCGGCUUGCACUCCAAUGCGUACAUAAGCGACCUCUUUGCUCGCUCAUAUGCGAAGGAAGGUAUGAAAGCGUACGUGGAGAUUGUCCAGAGCAAAGAGCGGGAGAUUGGCUGCGAUGUCUUGACGCAUCAAAAGUGGAGUGGUGCCGAUUAUGCCGAUAAUCUCAUAAAGACCGUCACCGGUGGUGUAUCGUCCACAGCAGCCAUGGGCAAGGGUGUCACGGAGGACCAGUUUAAGGCCAAACUAUGAUCUACGGCACUCGUGGUCAUCUUAAAUUGAUCGUAGAACACAUUCUAUCUUCACAGCAUUACAAAGUUUACAAAUACAUCAGGAUUAACAUUUGUAUUUCAAGUUGUGGUCCGGGACCCUUGAGUCCACGGCUGUAGUUUUAUCUUUUUUUUUCCCAGUAGAAUACUACUGGAUUAUGCGCAUCUUAUCGGCAGU